AGUCUGCAAUAGAAUAAAAGCAAAGUUGUCUAUGCAUUUUUUUUGAUUGGUCAGUCGACGAGCGUUCGUUCAUCUAAAUACGCUUUCAAACCAAAAUGGAGGAUUUGUCGGUCGAGGUGUACGGUGAAAAUGGUGCUUAUUAUAAGGCCACUGUCACCGACGUGCUCGACAACGAGGUUCUUGUAGCCUUUGAAAAUGACUGGCAGCCAGAAUCCAAAUUUCCUUUCUCACAAGUGUUCUUGCCGCCCAAGGACACGGGAAAACACACAGAGUUUGUGGAAAAUCAGGAAGUUGAGGUGUUUGCCCGUUCCAAUGAGAAGGAAGCAUGCGGCUGGUGGACGGCCAAUAUCAAGAUGAUGAGGGGGGACUUCUUGGUGAUAGAAUAUUUAGAAUGGGACAACUGCUACACAGAAAUAGUGCCAAAGGACCGUCUCCGAGUCAAGACCCCCAAAACCCCCAUCGACAAAACCACCUUCCACAAGUUCGAGAUACCGGUCCCUGAAGAUCUCAAAGACUACCUGCACGAGAUCCACAGCGCUAAGGUGGAGAACGCGCACAAGGAGUUCCAGAAGGCGAUCGGCGCCGCGCUCGUGUGGUACGUGCCCGAGCGGGGCGCGCUGGCCGUGCUCGCGCGCGGCGACUCCAGCCAGCGCCGGGCGCUCAUGCUGCAGGAGAUGCACUUCCGAAAUCUAACGCAGAAGUUGUUAUUGCUGAAAAAGACUGAAGAGGCAGCUAGACAGUUGGAGUCCACCAAAAUACACAACCAAGGAGGUAGCUUGGCGGGCGGCAGGUACUCGGAUGAGUUCAGCGUGCGCGAGGACCUCAUGGGGCUCGCCAUCGGCACGCACGGCGCCAACAUCCAGCUCGCGCGGAAGGUGCCCGGCGUCUCCAACAUCGAGCUCGAGGAGUGCUCCUGCACCUUCAAGAUCUGUGGCGAGACUAUGGAGGCGGUGCGCGGCGCGCGCGCGCUGCUGGAGUACGCGGAGGAGUCCAUCAAGGUGCCGCGCGCGCUCGUGGGCAAGGUCAUCGGCAAGAACGGCAAGGUCAUCCAGGAGAUCGUCGACAAGAGCGGCGUCGUGCGUGUGAAGGUGGAGGGCGACAACGAGCCGGCGCCGGUGGGGCCGCGCGAGGAGGGCGUGGUGCCGUUCGUGUUCGUCGGCACGCGCGAGAACAUCGUCAACGCGCAGGUGCUCGUCGAGUACCACGUCGCGCACCUUAAGGAGGUGGAACAGUUGCGCGCCGAGAAGCACGAGAUCGACCAGCAGCUGCGCUCGGUGAUCGGCGGCACGUCCACGUCGUACCCGCCGCCGCGGGGCCACCCCGCCGCGCGCGCGCGCCGCCGCCCGCCGCCGCAGCGCUACCCGCCGGGUGGUCGCCGUAUGACGCCUGAGCUGGGCGACGAGCGCGGCGAGGGCAGCUACCGGGGCGGUCGCGGCGGCCGCGGUGCGCGCUCCAACCGAUCGAGCGAGCGCGGCGACGCCCGGCGCGGGGAUCGCGGCGAGCGGGGUGAGCGGGGCGAGCGAGGCGAGCGGCCGGAGCGGGGCGAGCGGCCGGAGCGGGGCGAGCGCGGCGAGCGGCCCGAGCGCGCGCCGCUGGAGAACGGCCGCGCGCACCCGCCGCGCGCGCCCAACGCCAACCUUGGCCGGCGGCGCGAUGACCGGCGGCGACAGACGGACGACGAGAGCUCCGUGCUGGACUCGCAGGACGUGUCCAGCGCUGACCGAGAGUCCGCGUCGUCGGAGGAGCGCGUCGCGGCCGGCGAGGCGCGCCGCCGCCGCAGGAGGAGGACAGGAGGCGGGUGGAAGAACGGUUCCGGCGCAGCGGCCGGUGCGGGUGCGGGUGCGGGUGCGGGAGGGGCGGGCGGGGCGGCCGGGGCGGGCGGCGCGACGGGCGCGAGCAACGGCUCGACGGGCGGCGCCGGCAAGCGGCGCUCGCCGCUGGCCAAGCCCAAGCUGGAGGCCAAGCUCGAGCCCGUGCUGAACGGCACCGCGUAGGCUCGCCCCGGCCCCGGCGCCCGGCGCCCGGCGCCCUCGUCUGUUCCGAGCCGAGCGCCCGCUCCGCUCUCCGCGCGCCUCCACCCGAGAGCCGCGGCCUGGACCCGACUGCCCUGACUUGACGCCGACGCUCUGACGCGAGAUAUUAUAUCCUAACGUAACCUAACGUAACGUAACUUGUAUCGUGCCGAGACCCCGCGAGCCCCGGCUCCGCGAGCCGCACGGUUUAGUUUGUCCGCGUGCCGUCCCCGGACGCCCGCUCGACUCGUAUUUAAUCGAUAGAGUAGCGCCGCAGCGCACUUUGUAUGUUUUUUUGACGCCUGCGCGUGUAUUUAUGUGUGAGCGCGACCGCCGGAGUCGCGCGCCGCCGGAGUCGCGCGCCCGCGCGGCCGCCGGCCCCGCCCCCGCCCCCGCCGGGAGGCCGCGGGGCCGGAGGCCGCGGCGAGGCCGGCACUAGACUUACUCGUAUUAUGCUUUUAUAAGAGAUUCGUGAUUUGUACUCCUGGUUAUCGAUAAUAUGGAAAAUUAAUGAUGUGUACGUCGCUCCCCGGACGAUUCGCGCCGAUCGCGGCCUUUCGGUACCUUUAUGGGAGAUCGGAUCAGCAGUACAUACGUGUGUCGUAGCCUGUACUCUGUGGUUAUGUGAUUUCCUAUAAAAUAAAACAUUUCUGUACAUAUUUUCAA